AUGACACAUACAUGGCAGUGGAAUGGACAGGGUCAAGCUCCUGUUGGAUUGAUAGAAGGGAUUGCACACUUUGUGAGGUUGAAGGCGGAUUAUGUGCCCAAUGGAUGGGUAAAGUCGGGUGAAGGUCAAAGGUGGGAUGAAGGUUAUUUAGUGACUGCAAGGUUCCUGGACUAUUGCAAUGAUCUUCAACAAGGGUUUGUGGCUGAACUGAACAAGAAGAUGAGAGAUGGCUACAGUGACAACUUCUUUCAGGAGCUGCUUGGGAAGACAGUUGAUCAACUGUGGACCGACUACAAAGCUAGAUUUGCAAACUAA